UUUAUAUUUGAAAGCGUUAUUUGAAGUAAAUAAAAAGUUGUAAGUCUAAGUGUGACUUACAAAGUGCGGUUAUUCUCACAAUUUUUUGAAUUUUGUUAUCAACAGUAUAAAAAUGACAACUGAACAAGCAUGCAAAACGUUCAACGAUUACUGCUGAUGAUGUCAAGCUGCUGGUCAGACGUAAUGAAUCACUGAAGGAGCUAGUAGAUUCCAGACUACAGGCAAUAAUUGCGAGAAACCCCCAUGAACCUACAAACAACCAGAAAAGGAAACGAAAAGGAACUGUUUAAUACAAUUAUUACGUACAGAAGUUUCAAUAUUUAUUUCAGAUUUUAUGUGUCAUAGUUUAAUCUCCUAUAUCAUUCUUACUCUGAAGUUUCCAUAAAGUAUUGUAAUUUAUUCUCACUUGAUUGAUUUUUUCCUGUUUUGAUCAGUUAUUCUGUGGAAAUCAAAGUAAGUUCAGUAAUUAAAACAACAAAUAUUAUGUCAA